UUGCAGAUCACUUCAACCUCAAAUGGUACAAUAACAUUUAAAACUUCACACAUAAAUACAAUAUAUUCAGUGAAAUAUAGAAAAAUAAAAAUUGGAAAUACCGACAUAAAAAUCCAAACUCUAAGCAAUAAAUACGAACUACAGGCAAUUUUAACUAUAAAAUACAACUAUCACCCGGGUGCAAAAAGCACCAGCAGUUAUAGUGCAGUAAGAGCACAGUAUGACAGAUUUGGAAUGAAAGCUUAUUGGUGUUGUGGAAUGACAUGUUGUCGUUAUUAUUGCCGUUGUUAUUAUUGUUGUCGUUAUUAUUGUUGUCGAUGUUGUUAUAAUUAUUGUUAUCGUUAUUAUUGUUGUUGUCGUCGUUGUUGUUAUUAUUAUUGUUAUCGUUAUUAUUGUCGUUGUGGUUAUUGCCGUUGUUAUUAUUGUUGUCGUUAUUAUUGUUGUCGAUGUUGUUAUAAUUAUUGUUAUCGUUAUUAUUGUUGUUGUCGUUGUUGUUGUUAUUAUUAUUGUUAUCGUUAUUAUUGUCGUUGUGGUUAUUGUUGUUAUUAUUAUUGUUAUCGUUAUUAUUGUUGUUGUUGUUAUUGUUGUUGUUGUUACUAUUGUUGUUAUCCUUGACCUGGGUUGGCUUGGUAAAAAUGUCCAGCUGUAUUAAUGGCUCUGGGUAAGAUUUUUCUUGCCGAAUUAGGGAGACUGGGCUCUGAGGCUCACCGUGAUGAUUUAUCUAUUUGGGGAGGUGACCCAGAGACUGAAACGUGAGCCUCCCCUGACAAACAAGGGCGCCGCAUCCCUGCAGACGUGUUUGCGGCACCACAUGAUGUCACGGCCACACGCACAUGCACAGAUGGCGUCUCCUAACCCCGCAGACUGGCCGUGUUGGUGGCGAGGGAGCUGUGUAUCUUUUUUGAGCUGAGGUGUUUUUCGGGGUGGAGCUGGAACCUUCUGAACUGAUUAGGGGCUGCAUCUGAUAGGAGCCCUAGUGGGUGUGCGCUGCUCCCUCUGCUCAAAAGGCUGUCUGUCCCACUUCCACCGCAGUCGUACAGAGACAAGUUCCCCUAAACGUGCUGCCAUCCCUGCAUGCAUCGUUUUUCCUGGGAAAGCCUGUACCUGCACCGGCAGCACACUGGAUCUCCACUGAAGCAGUAGCACCAGCUUUGCCCAUUUGCGUGGUAUCUCCACCUCCAAGGCCCUCCCGCCUCAGCGAUCCCUACCGGGGACCCCAGUUUCCCACAAGCACUUUCCCAUUGACUUGCGCACCUCCAUGGACGGCAAAUAUAAGGAACUGGCGCAGGAGCUGUUCACGCGGGACAGCGAGAUGCGCAGCGCCCCCUAUGAGUUCCCGGAGGAGUCUCCCAUUGAGCAGUUGGAGGAACGGCGCCACCGUCUGGAGAGGCAGAUCAGCCAAGAUAUCAAGCUGGAGCCUGAGAUCCUGCUGCGAGCCAAGCAGGACUUCAUGAAGAUCGACAGCGCUGCUGAUCUGGAGCUUCUGAACGAGCAGAAUGAAGUACACGUAGACCACGCUUCAAAGGAGAGGGAGGUGACCCUCGAACGGGAGUUUCAGCGCGUGUCCAUCUCUGGAGAAGAGAAAUGUGGGGUGCCCUUUACGGACCUGCUGGACGCAGCAAAGUGUGUGGUGAAGGCUCUGCUGAUCCGGCAGAAGCACAUGGCAGUGUCAAUGCAGGGCUUCUGCAGAACUACGUCGUGCUACCUGCAGGAGCUGGGUGAGAAACCGCCAGUGCUGCGCGUCUACGAGGACAUCCCGGAGACACCAGUGGCCGCAGAUGCCCCUGUGCAUCCCCCGGUUUCAGAAACUCAUCCCUAUGAAGGCCAAGACCCCAAAAACAUGCCAGCAGACAUAGGGUAUGGCCUCAGGAUGGUGGAUGGCGUGGUCCAUGUCUACACUAAGAGGAACACCCUUGAGAAGAGUACCGAGCUAGAUCUGCCCUACCCAGACUUACAGGAAUACAUCACCGACAUGAACAUGAUGAUGGCCCUUAUCAUCAAUGGCCCAGUGAAGUCCUUCUGCUACCGCCGGCUGCAGUAUCUGAGCUCCAAGUUUCAGAUGCACAUCCUGUUGAAUGAAAUGAAGGAACUGGCAGCUCAGAAGAAGGUUCCCCACCGUGACUUCUAUAACAUCCGCAAGGUGGACACGCAUAUUCACGCCUCCUCCUGCAUGAACCAGAAGCACCUCCUUCGCUUCAUCAAGCGGGCCAUGAAGAAGAAUCCUGAGGAGAUUGUGCACAUGGAGCAGGGCAAGGGCCAGACUCUCAUGGAGGUCUUCGAGAGCAUGAACCUCACGGCCUUCGACCUGAGCGUGGACACACUCGACAUGCAUGCUGACCGCAACACCUUCCACCGCUUCGACAAGUUCAAUGCGAAAUACAACCCCAUUGGCGAGUCCAUUCUACGGGAAAUCUUCAUUAAGACCGACAACUACAUUGAGGGGAAGUAUUUUGCACAUAUCAUCAAGGAAGUGAUGUCAGACCUGGAGGAGAGCAAAUACCAGAAUGCAGAGCUACGUCUGUCCAUAUAUGGACGCUCACGGGAUGAGUGGGACCGGUUGGCUUGCUGGGCUGUCCGUCAUGGCGUGUACUCUGACAACGUGCGCUGGCUGGUCCAGGUGCCUCGUCUCUUUGACGUCUACCACACUAAGAAGCAACUGGCCAACUUCCAGGAGAUGCUGGAAAACAUCUUCUUGCCCCUGUUUGAGGCCACCAUCAACCCCCUGAGCCACCCAGAGCUGCAUCUUUUCCUCCAGCAUGUGGUGGGCUUUGAUAGCGUGGAUGAUGAGUCCAAGCCGGAGAACCACAUUUUCAACCUGGACAGCCCCCUUCCAGUCGACUGGACGGAGGAGGACAACCCCCCCUACUCCUACUACCUCUACUACAUGUUCGCCAACAUGACCGUGCUCAACCACCUGCGAAGGAAGCGUGGCUUCCGUACCUUCGUGCUGCGGCCGCACUGCGGAGAGGCGGGGCCUAUUCAUCACCUGGUGUCGGGAUUCAUGCUUUCCGAGAACAUCUCGCAUGGCCUCCUGCUGAGAAAGGCCCCGGUGCUGCAGUACCUGUACUACCUGGCCCAGGUGGGCAUCGCCAUGUCGCCCCUCAGCAACAACAGCCUCUUCCUCAGCUACCACCGCAACCCCCUCCCCGAGUACUUGUCCCGUGGCCUCAUGGUCUCCCUGUCCACCGACGACCCGCUGCAGUUUCACUUCACCAAGGAGCCGCUGAUGGAGGAGUACAGCAUCGCCACCCAGGUGUGGAAGCUGAGCUCCUGCGACAUGUGCGAGCUGGCCAGGAACAGUGUGCUGAUGAGCGGCUUCUCCCACAAGGCGAAGAGCUAUUGGCUGGGCCCUGGCUACUUGAAGGAAGGCCCUGAGGGCAACGACAUCCGGCGCACCAACGUGCCCGACAUCCGCGUGGCAUUCCGCUUCGAGACGCUGUGUGAGGAGCUGCAGCUCAUCACCCAGGCUGUCCGUACUGCAGAGCUGGAGCCCAUCCCGGAAGAGGACAGCCUGUCCAUGGCCCCACUCCCAGGGGGACGAUAGGCAGCCUCACUCUUUCCUCUCCCUCCCCCUCAAACCAAAACUGACUCAGAUAAACAGGGAAGGCUGCCACCUCCUGGGCAUGAAGAGUACUGCAUGCUCACAGCUCAACCUAUAUUUUGACACCAACUAAGCAACCAGUGUCAGACACAGACUGGGCCUGUCUUCCAGCAAGGGUGGCUGGCGUUAGCGAUUAUUAUGCCAGUGCUGUGUGUGUGUGUGUGUGUGGGGGGGGGGGGGUGUGAUCUGUCUCUGUCAGCUGCUGUCUCACUACCUCCUCUUUCUUCCUCACUGUGAAACUGUGUCGGCAAGUUAAUAAGUGACAGCAGCUUCUAACACUCGGUGUUAGAAACCUUGAAAGAUGCAUGAAGGUAUGGGGUCAAAUCCCACUCCCCUCCCCCACCGUGCUGCUCUAGAUGUCGCACUUGUGUUUUUUGCACCUGCUCGCCUCGCCCCCGUGGCCCCCACAGGCCGCACGUAUCCAUGUGACACAUAAUAGGUCGUUCAGAUAAGAUCUGGGAGUUUUGGGGGAGGAGGGGGGGCACAUCCCUGGGAGGAGGAACCAAUCCGGAUCCACAUUCCAAGACAUAACAGGGUAGAAACUCACCCAUUUUGUGUAAAUGUUGGGAUUAGUACCCCCGAGUGUUUUUUAAUGACAUAUCUCUUCUCCAUGUCCCCAGUUCUGAGCGGUGCAGGUUUCCCCGUAAGCUUGCUGUCCGCCCACCAAAUGGGCGGCCGUGCUCCGGGUUUGCUUUGGGCCCGGUUUGCCCUCCAUCUCCCGCAUCUUUACCGCUGUUUGCUGUGGCCUCUUGUCUGUAUUUGUUGUUUAAUUUAAUGUCAUUUGUUCUGACAAACAUUCCACGGGUUUCUCCUCAGAAGUCUCACAACAACUGCUGACACUGUUAGGCGACAGUUAUCUUGAGCUGUAGGGUGUUGCUAGCACAGUCUACCCUGCAUAGGUUACCUUAUGGUACUAAUAUGUUGACCAACGUUUUUUUUCCCCAAAGUUGUUGGCUUGAUGGAAGAAGGACCCAUUUUUGAAGACGAGAGUAAUGUGAUUCCCCUGCGACUGUUGUCCACUCCGCCCUGACUUUGGGUCAGGUUCGUCACCUCUGCAUGUAGUCCUGCCCUCUGAGGCAGAUCCUGCAUUAGCUGCACGGUGUUUUACAGAACUAUAGAAGUAUGUUUACGACGCACAGUUAAAUCUGCUGCGAGGGGCCAUGUGAGAGAGCUGCCCAGGGGCGAGAAGCUGCCAGCUCCUCCGGUGUCCUGCGGCAACAUCGACACUGGCCAGCUCACAGAGAGGCAUCGUCCUGCUGAGGGACAUUGAUUAUUCCUCACAUCCACAUUUUUUAAAAUGUAUUUUAUUGGCCUGCCAUCAUACAUGCUGCGUAUCCCGGGCAGAGAGCCAUGCUUGUGAGAGAUUUCACAGCGCGUGUGAGAUCAUUUACAUGCUCAUCUUUCAUGCUGUACUCUGUGAGGUCAUUUGUUGUAAGUCAUUCACAUGAAGGGCAUUUACUGUGAGCUCAUUUGUUGUGAAGGAAUUUUGAGUAGGGACAUUUACAGUGAGACAAUUCUGAGCGAAGGACAUUUACUGUGGAGUCACCUGUUAUGAAGUAAGUCACAGUAAGGGAAUUCUCUAUGAUGGGCAUUUACUGUAGGGUCAUUUGCUGUGAAAACAUUCACAUUUGCCUUGGUAUCAUACAUGCACUGUGAGGUCAUUUACCACAAAUCUGUUGGUUAAGAUGCGUACACAGAUCUUCAGUGUGGCUCCUUCAGUUCCAUAAACCACAGAAUUUAUUUUUUUAAAAGCUAUGGAGAGAUAUACUUUAUAAUAUUAAUAUAUCUAUGGAACCAAUAGUUUUUUUCUGGGAUGAUUCUGUCGUCAAGGUGCAUCUUAUCAUUGUAUGUUUCCGGGCUCCCAUUGCAACUGUCAUGAUUUUAAUUCCAUUUUUAUUUUCUCACUGUCACUCCUGAACGUUGGUGAUGAUAUUUUGAUAUGCACUUCAGAGCAGGACAGAUUUACAUGUUUAAAUCUGUGUAUCAGGUUCUUUGUGUCGCUGGAGUGGAAGCCUGAGCUGUUCAUCCUUUGCAGUGUGCAGGAAUGCAAGGUUAUGAUUUCAUACUGACACACGCAGGCUGAAAGACCAAGCUACGCCUGAAAGUGUGUGGACACUAGUGAGACCAUAUUUGCACACCUGCUUCCUCUGUUUUUGUACCUGGUUGCCCAAACACAGGUCAUUUUUCACACAAACCGUUCACACCAGCACCAUUUUAUGGCCGUUCAACUUCGCCCCAUUUCCUUGUCUACGUGUAAAUGGCAUACGAUCACGUUUCUCUGAAUAGAUGAGGAAGAAAACAAAGCACAGCUGAGAUAUAUAAACCCACAACCUUAUUGCAGGCCGUAUGUAGACAAGGCGCUUGAUGCUUUUGUUACCAGUUCACACUGCUACAGCCCCUGUUCUCACAAUAGACGGGUGACUGCAGCAUCCUUGAGUCUCUCAGCCUGCAAGGGUUUCUGGGUAACGGACGUCAGAGUCUUCCGUCCCCCAUUUGGUGGCAAAGAUGGACUCCGAGAUCCACGCACCAGUACCUGGUACUUAUUUUGGUACUUCUUUCAUCUUUCUUUACGGUUUCCAUUUUAGUCAUCUGCGAUUCUGAUGUAGUUCUGUUUAUUGCUUUUCCUCUGGCGUCCUGAUGCAGUCGCUGUCUCCAGUGACACACAGACUGACGUGCAUGAGCACAGGUGUAAUGUUUAAUAUAUUAAACAAAUAAAGCAUGUUUAGUCCGC